AUGGGCGCUACUAAACCUCGCACCUCCGCACGAGACUCCGCUCCAAAAGUCCAGUCGUUACCGGAGAAGACAUUCAUUAUCGACAAUGGCGCAUAUACCAUGAAAGCUGGGUAUGCGCCCGAGCUUCCACCCCCCAAAGAUUUAGAUCAGGCUCUUUCAGCCUGCAGUGCCAUCCCGAAUGCCAUUGCCAAGACACGCGGAAAUCGUAUCUACAUUGGUGCGCAGCUCAACUCGCAAGUUACCGAUUGGAACGAGAUGGUGUUUAGGCGACCAGUGGAGAAAGGGUACAUUGUCAACUGGGAAGCACAGAAGGAAAUAUGGGAGAAUGCAUUCUUCGAUGAGAAGACGGUGCGGUCGAAAGAUCUUCGGAUUGAAUCUCCAGAAGAUACAACGCUCGUGCUUACUGAGGCACCGAAUGCUUUGCCGACCCUACAAAAGAAUGCUGAUGAGAUUGUGAUGGAAGAAUGGGGCUUUGGCGGCUAUAUGAGAUGUAUAGGACCGACGCUGAAUGCUUGGAAUGAAGUUCAGUCCUUGUUCGGAGACCCUAUCGGACAAGACUCUUCGUCUCCGAUCUCACCGAAGGAAUGCUUGCUUGUCGUUGACUCCGGCUACUCUCAUACAACAGUAACCCCAGUUUACAAAGGGCAAGCUAUCCAGCGCGCUAUUCGGAGACUCGACAUUGGUGGCAAACAUCUAACAAAUUACCUGAAAGAGAUGGUGUCCAUGAGGCAGUACAACAUGGUUGAUGAAACUUACAUCAUGAACGAGGUUAAGGAGGCUGUUUGCUUCGUAAGCAAUGACUUUGCUAGUGACUUGGAACAGACAUGGCAGGGCAACCGAAAACGUGGCUCGACGGACGCAGCCGAAGGGAUCACAGUUGAUUAUGUGCUGCCUGACCCCAACACAGGCAAGAAGGGCUUCAUGCGACCGCAUGACCCUCUUUCGAAUGCGAAGAAGCGGAAGAGUAUCCUUUCUGGCGGCAAUUCUGAGGCUCUGUCCGAGGACGUGCUGAUUCUGGGGAAUGAACGCUUUACUGUGCCAGAGAUACUAUUCACACCAAGUGACAUUGGCAUGAAGCAAGCCGGCAUUCCAGACAUCAUUCUUCAGAGUCUUUCAGUUCUGCCUACCGGACUACAUCCGUCGUUUUUAGCGAAUGUUCUGGUUGUUGGAGGUAAUACAUUGAUUCCAGGCUUUUUGGAACGAUUAGAAAGCGAGCUGCGACAGCUAGCUUCAGCAGAAUGCGUUGUCAGAGUUCGGCGCCCUCAUGACCCCAUACGUUCUACAUGGCUUGGAGCGUCACGAUUGGCAACGAACAGAGACGAGUUGAAAAAACUCGCUAUCACCCGUCAGGAAUAUCAGGAGUAUGGCUCUUCAUGGGCGGGACGAAAAUUUUCCGGCACUCUCUGA